GACCUCUCCUCAGUCUUCACAUAUCCCAGCCGCCAAACAAGCGUCUCAUCACCAUUCUAUCUCAGCUCUUCUCCUCUCUUUUGCCUUCAAGCUUCCGAAAGACCAAACCAAAGAGCAGGAAAUAAGUGAAACAAAUGUCGGUUUCUGAGGAACAAAACACGAAGCUAUUCAAAGCACGUAGAACAGUAGUGCAAAUGCUGAGGGAUAGGGGAUAUUCAGUCCCUGAUUCGGACAUUAAAAUGACAAGACAACAAUUCAUUGAGAAAUAUGGUGAGAAUGUCCAUCUCAAAAGGGAUGAUCUUUUAAUCCUUUGCAGCAAAGGAGAUGCUCCAACUGAUCAGAUUUAUGUCUUCUUUCCUGCAGAAGUAAAGGUUGGCGUUCCUAUGGUAAGAAACUGUGCAAAGCGUAUGAAAGCAGAUAAUGUUUAUAAUGCUAUUUUGGUCGUUCAAAGAGCUUUGACAGCCCCUGCAAAAGCAGCGAUAAAUGAAAUUAAUUCAUACUUCCACAUGGAAGUUUUUGAGGAGGCAGAGUUGUUGACAAAUAUCACAGAACAUAUGUUUGUCCCAAAGCACACAGUACUGACAAAUCAAGAAAAGAAGGAAUUGCUGGCAAAAUACAGGGUAAAGGAAACACAGCUACCUCGGAUUCUGGUUAGUGAUCCAGUUGCCAAAUAUUACGGUAUGAAGCGGGGACAAGUGGUGAAGAUUACUCGACAAAGUGUGACUGCUGACACGUAUGAUACAUACCGAUAUGCUGUAUGAGCUUCUUCUCUCUUUUUAGGGGUUUUGCAUACGGAUGAAGUUUCUUCUCGUUUUGGGCUACUGAAAAAAAAAACUCAUGCUCCCCAAAAUUUAUUUGGAAAAUUCCAUUAAGUUAAGAGGCAGCUGUGAUUAAUUGUGUCCAAGAAUAUAUGCGUGGUUGCUAGUCCAACUCCAAAUUUAUAGUAAAAUUGUUUUUUUACCCUCUAUAUUGUAUAACAAUAACAGUUUUUUCGUAGAAAGAAUUCCUAUAAUUUUGUUAA